AUGAUCGUCACCUGCGCGGCGAUCCUUGGCGUUGAUUUUCUGACGUUUCCGCGAAAGUUCUGCAAAAGUGUCAACUCUGGAGUGACCCUGAUGGAUUUGGGGGUCGGAGGCAUUAUCUUUACUUCAGGGAUGGUCUCUUCACAUUCCAAGGGGUGUAUGAAGAGAGAAGAAUCGCUUUGGGCCUCUGUGAGCCGGGCGGCCCUUCACAGCGGCCCCUUGGGCAUCUUUGGGCUAAUUCGCCUUGUGUUCAUGUCGCUUACAAACCUACAUUGGGCGAGCUGGUGUGCGGGUAUAGCGGCCACCCUUACAAGGCGGGAGCAUUCGGUUUACUGCUUCUUGUUUGUGGGUUUCCCUCUCUUGGGCUAUCAGAUUAUUAUUUAUGCUGCUGAUCUUGACGAAUGGAUGAUGGAAGGACCGCGGACAAGUGAGCCUGACACCCCAGACCCUUGCAUUCCUUCUCAGAAUCAUGCUAGUUUCUUCGUUAGUUCAUAA